CCUGUAGAUUGUAUCGAACGAUGGAGGGCAGACUAAAGUUAGAUGCUGAUCUGUAUCCUAUGGGACCUGGCUACGUCACAGACAUAGAUGUCUCAGUGGGUACAAAGAGGGGAUCUGAUGAACUGUUCUCUUCUUGCCUCUCCAACGGACCCUACAUCAUGACCUCCGCCAACGGGAACGAUUGUAAGAAGUUCAAAGGAGAGAUGCGGAGCCCAAAUGCUCCGUCGCGUGUCAUCCACCUGCGCCAGCUGCCCGGUGACAUCCAGGAGUCUGAGGUCAUCAGCAUGGGAAUGCCCUUUGGAAAGGUCACCAACCUCCUGAUGAUGAAGGGGAAGAACCAGGCGUUUCUGGAGAUGAACAGUGUGGACCAGGCCCAGACCAUGGUGAACUACUACUCUACAGUUACUCCUCUCAUCAGGCAGCAGCCUGUUUUCAUGCAGUACAGCAACCAUAAGGAACUGAAGACGGACAACUCUCCUAACCAAGUGAGAGUUCAGGCGGCCCUGCAGGCUGUGAAUGCUGUCCAGGGUGGAACCAUGUUGGCCUCUACCAUGUCCGGUAUCGGGGGCGGUAUGGGCGCUACCAUGUCGUUGGGAGGGGUGGAGAUGGGUGGUGCAGGAAUGGCCACCCAGAGCCCCGUGCUGAGAGUCAUUGUUGAGAACCUCUUCUACCCCGUCACGCUGGACGUCCUCCACCAGAUCUUCUCCAAGUACGGGUCGGUUCUGAAGAUCAUUACCUUCACUAAGAACAACCAGUUCCAGGCUUUGGUCCAGUACGCCGACGCAAUGACGGCUCAGCACACUAAACUGUCCCUAGAUGGUCAGAACAUAUAUAACGGCUGCUGUACCCUGAGAGUGAGUUUCUCCAAGCUGACCAGUCUCAACGUGAAAUUCAACAACGACAAAAGCCGGGACUACACCAGACCCGACCUCUCUACCGGCGAACCCCACAACCCUCAGCCCGGACUGGACCAGCACGCCAUGGCCGCCGUCUUCGGGUCUCCCGGCCUGAUCUCCGCUUCCCCUUAUGGACAUGGCUUCCCCCAGGCCUUCACUCUACAGCAGGCAGCGGGUCUGUCGAUGCCUGGCGCGUUAGCGUCGUUGGGCGUGAGUCACGGCGCCAUGGCCGCCAGCCGCCUGGGGCUACAGGUCCUGGGGGGCGGAGGGCAAGCAGGCGUCCUGUUGGUUAGCAACCUGAACCCAGAGAGAGUUACACCAAACUGCCUCUUUAUUCUCUUCGGUGUGUACGGCGACGUGAUGAGAGUGAAAAUUCUGUUCAAUAAGAAGGACAAUGCGCUAGUCCAGAUGUCAGAUGGGACCCAGGCUCAGCUAGCGAUGAGCCACUUGAACGGGGUCCGCCUUCAUGGCCGGUCUCUGCGUGUUUCCCUGUCUAAACACACCACGGUACAGCUGCCCAGAGAAGGCCACGAGGACCAGGGGUUGACCAAGGACUACGCCACCUCUCCCCUCCACCGCUUUAAGAAGCCUGGGUCCAAAAACUACAACAACAUCUACCCUCCGUCUGCCACGCUGCACCUCUCCAACAUUCCACCGGCGGUUACCGAGGAGGAUCUGAAGGAACUGUUAAUCAGUUCAGGAGCUACGGUCACUGCCUUCAAGUUCUUCCAGAAAGACCGUAAAAUGGCUCUUGUCCAGAUGAGCUCUGUGGAAGAAGCUGUUGAGACUCUCAUAGAGUUCCACAACCAUGACCUGGGAGACCACCACCACCUCAGAGUGUCUUUCUCCAAAUCUACCAUCUAACACACGCGCACGCGCGCGCGCACACACCCCCCUGGAACAUCAAAGUAUAGACCAAACCUGAUUAUCAGAAUGCCUUCCAGAUUGUCUGUAUGGCCAUUGUUAUUCCACACAAGACACUUAAUCAUUCCUUAGUUAUCAUUUUAUGUUUUAUCAUUUUUAGGCUUGUUACCUAUACUAUGGAUGUAGUCUGUUUUUAUUUUAUUCCAGCAAUAUUUAGACUGAGACAGAGGGAAACUCCAGGUUGCACAUUACUCUAUUUCUAUACUCAGAAUGCACAUCUUGUUUUUCUGUUUCUAUUCUCUCCUAAAUGCACAUUUAGUCUUUGUUUCUAUAUUACAUUAAUACAUUUCCCAAUUUGAUAUAAUGUAAACCAAAAAUAUUCCAUAGAUUUGCUUCUGAUAUUCAAUAUUUUUUCAAUUUUGUUUUAAUUUUGUUAUACAUCUGUAUGUACUUUCUGUCCGUGGGAUUCUACACCACUAGUGGUAUUGAUCUAACAACAUGCCAUUCCACAGCAGUCUAGUGCCUUACUGAGACCAGCCUUGCCACACGCUAUCCAGCUUGAUUUAAUACAAUUGGACUCUCUACAAAGCCUUUUGUUUUGAAUCACUUUUGAUUUGAAAUAUAUGGCUGUGGUUUUCUGUUUUCACUUCUAGAUGUACACUAUGCAUUCCAUUGUAAACUUCUAUAGUCAUUUUUUAAAUACUUUGUACGGUUUGAUAUUUACCAGUCACUGUGCCUCAAGUCUUAAUUUCCCCUCUGAGGUAACACUUAAUACCAUGCAGCCUUUAGUUUUUAGUGCCUGUUGCACCACUAUAUAAUACUGUUUACACGCAAACAUGCACACGUGUGUGCUAAGCUCCAGUUGAUAUCAUACCGCCUUAGACAUUUUAGUGCCUACAACACAUGUAUAGCCUUUUCUGACCGGUAACAUUUUUUAUGGCUUUUGCUAUAGAUUCUUAUUUAGAUAAAACGGUUUAAUGUAGCUAUUGGUGGUUAAUGUAAUUGAGGACCAAAGUACCGACUGUCCCUGCUACUUAAAGUGUAGAAAACACUUGAGUAUUCGGUUUUCUCACCUUGAUCUACUUUGAUGAUCCAAAUUGAAAGACAAUUUGAUGCAAAUUCGGUGAUUGGAAUUCUUUCUUACCUAAUCAGUCAAGUUCUACAUUUAGUUUGUGAUAUUUGGUUUUGUGUCCAAAUCAUUUUUUGUAUAAUUCCAUUGAAAUUUCUUCAUGUUGGUAGAAUAUGUAUCCAUGAAUAUUAUGUAUGUUGAACUAGUUGAGGUCACAGUGGAUAGCUCUGUGGUAGUGCUGGGUGCUUGCAGCUUCCGGGGAUUAAUUGGGGUCAACCGAAUGGGAUUUCAGGAACCAGGGGCAGGGUUUUUGUCUGUAUAUAUUUAGUGUUUUUGUACCACAGUGAUUUGGAUUAAAGAUCCGAUUUCAUUACAAACAUGUAUAUUUUGAUAUAAUGGUAAUAAAAGUUGAUUCCAACGUG